AUGGAAGAAAACGACAAUAUUCCUUGUUACAAGAAAACAGGGUCAGGCGACGUUAAGUCAGACACCACCGACUCAAGCUCGGUCACUCUCCUAGAGAUUCCUUCAAACCAGUCUCAAGGGAGCUCAGUGGUUCCCACCGACUCAUUGAGAAACAUCAGACAAGUGUCUGUCGGCACCAGGAUGUGCAUGAAUGCCCCCACCCCACAGAGAGGUGUCGGCAUAGCCAUCCCCACCCCACUCUCAGUGGUUAGCAGCCCUCAAGGAGAUGAUUCACCCUCCCCCAUGCAGGGCACAAGUGAAGAACAUACAGAGGCAACAACUAGUCAGGCACAGGCAGUUGCAGCCACAACAAGUGACAUUGCUACAACCAGCGCUGCAGACCACAUGCCAAAGGCCAAAGCUCCAAUGCAGCAGUUCAUUCCUACUGGUAGAGCACAGAUCCACAACAGGUUGAUCACACCUGAGAAUGUGCAAAUCUCUGCAGUGCCCUGUGUGCCUAAAGCCAUUCCCAGAGUCCCUCUCUCAGCCAGCAGGCCACAGAAGAGCUGCAAGAAGCCAGCGUCUAACAUGGCGAUGCACACCAUUCUGGAUACCACCCUACCCUUGGCAAGAUCUCCCCCACAAAUGGGGCUGACUGGGACGAAGAUCUCCCCCCAGAGACCCCCAGCCAGAGGAAGAAAUUGGCAACCCCCAGGCGGAAGUGUGCGUCCCAUUGGUGCUAGCAGAGAAGAUGAGUACAAACCACCUAAGGGACUAUUUGAAAGAAUCAAAUUGAUGGAGGCAGAGGCAAAACUAAGAGAACAGAAAUUGAUGGAUGAAGUCUCUAACAGCACAGAUGAUAGACAGUCUCCAGAGUUCAUCCAACCCACAGCCAAUAGAUUCCUGAAGAAAAACAAGGCAUUGCAAGCUAUGAUGAACAUGGAGGAACGAUGUGGUACUCCCAGUGAAAGAAGCCUCUCUCCUGCAUCAGUCAGAAUGCUGAUGGAUAAUGUGUUUGCCUCACCUGAGAACUUUGUUCCUGUUAGAUUGGACAUCUCCUGCUCCCGCACUAUUGAGCGAGUUUUCACUGUCCCUAGCAGUAACAGCAACAGUGAAAGAGUCUACUCACCUAGCAAUCUAGUGCCGAUAUACCAGUCCGGAUCAGAGAGCUUCAUUCUCAGCCCAAACGGCAAGGAGAUCCAGAUGGACAGUUUCUUUGACAGUUUGAAUGAACCCUCCAUGCAAAUCAUAGAUGUUGAGGACGAGGACAGCUUUGAAAUUGUGAGCAUGAUUUCCACUUCAAACAGUUUCAGUUUUGGAACACCCAGAGAUCUUGCCAGCUCAUGCGAAUCCCCUAAAAAACUUGUCUCACAGUACAUGUGUCCACUCAGGAGGAGAAGAUCUGUGCACAAACUUGAUGAUAUUCCAGGGGAAAAGGCUGCACCUAUGAUUGUUUCAGAUGCCACGGCAGAGCCAGAAAUGGACCUGCCAGUCACUCCAGAAGCCAUGAGACCAAUGAAGAAGCCACCAGUUCUGUACUCAGAUAGUGUCAGCGAUGUAUCUACCAUUGAACUCGUGGAGACAACCAGAACUGUCCUUGAAAUUGGAGAAUUCAGUUUUGAUGAGACCCCAGCAGCUUACAUCAAGCCUGGAGAAACUGCAGAAGACAAUGGUCGCUGGGCCUAUAAACGUAGAGACCUCAACAAGCUUAGCAUCUUAGGAUAUGCAAGUCAGAGCCAGGAUAUGCCUCACAGCACUGUUAAUGUUGCUCCAAGCCAGGAUAUGCCUCACAGCACUGGAACUGUUGCUGUAGGCCAGGAUAAGCCACACAGCACUGGAAAUGUUGCUAUAAGCCAGGAUAAGCCACACAGCACUGGAAAUGUUGCUGUAAGCCAGGAUAAGCCACACAGCACUGGAAAUAUUGCUCAAAGCCAGGAUAGGCUCCAAAGCACUGGAAAUGUUAUUCUAAACCAGGAUAAGCCACACAGCACUGUAAAUGUUGCUCCAAGCCAGGAUAGGCUCCAUAGCACUGGAAAUGUUAUUCUAAACCAGGAUAAGCCACACAGCACUGUAAAUGUUGCUCCAAGCCAGGAUAAGCUCCACAGCACUGGAAAUGUUGUUCCAAGCCAGGAUAAGCCACAUAGCAGUGGGUAUCAUCCUCAAAGCCACAAGGAGAAGCUUCAAGGCACAGGAAUUGCUUCUCAGGGCCAAAUUCUGGUAAAAGACGUAACAAACCCCUCUGCUGAGAUUCAGACUGCAGAAGCUCAAGAGAAGGAGGAUAAGGUGAUCAAAUUUUUGGAGAGGUUCUGCGACAGGAGGCAAGAUGUGGAAGUAGAGAGAUUGAGGCUUGAAGCCAAGCACACUAACAAAGUGGUGCAGCGAGUCCAGAACGGGGUGAGGCGCCGAAUCCUCAGGCUGGAGGAUGGUGAGCAAGAAGUGCAGGCAUUGAGGCAGUACCACCUCGAGGUGCUCAACAGAAUGACCGUGCAGUCGUUGAAACUCAUCACAAUGCACCAGGAACUCGGCCAGUUUGAGGGAUGUUUUGACGAUCGCAUCCAAUCCCUGAUUCACUGGGAUGUCUUCCUCUACCAGAGGCUUAUUGAACAAGAAGCUAUGAUCUGUCAUCAGGUCAACACACUGGAAGCUGAGAUACAAUCCAUGAGAGCCAUGUCUGGAGUAGCUAUCAUGGUCCGAACCAAAGUCCUGAAGCCCAAACCAGACAUUCUUGAUGUGUCAAAGUUGGGAUUUGACACCAAGCCUCAGGCCCAGCACACCAUGCGAGAAAUGAUCUUUCCAAUUCAUGAUUUCUAUGAGAAUAGAAAUUUUGAUCAACCAAAGAAUCAGAAGCCUAAAGCAAAGCAGAUGUUUCCACCCAUGAAUAUCUCUCAGCAGAGUCAGUAUUAUGAGAGAAAUCCCAUACUUGGAAGACCUCAUCAAGAUAUGGCCGUUCCAGUGUACAAUGAGUGGAAGAACCAUGUGCAGCCCAAAAUUCUGAAACCCAGAGCAAACCCGCAUGUUCCACCUUUGAUUCAAUCUCAGCUCAACAAUGAUAGCAAGAAGUUGAAAGGCAAGAAAGCAAACCUUGACCAUGAGACAAUGGAAGAAUCAAAAGGAAAAAGUGACAUGCAGCCAAAACCUGGGAGAUCCCAAGGAAACCCUGUGGUUCCAUCCCUCCAGCUUCCUAAGUAUGAUGAUGAUGAUUUCUCACACAUCCCAAGAUCAAAGGAAGAACUUUUCAUAUCCGUUGUGAAUGAAUCCGAGAGGGAAUUCAGAAAAAAGCAACCUAAAGUUGUGAGACCAGAGUGCGUUCCACAACUUGAUCUCUCUUUGCUGAAUGACGUCAAGCCAAGAACCAAAAAAGCUACAAAAGCAGACUUUGGUAUUUCAGUGUGUGAUAAAACUGAGAGGAAAAGUCAAAGGAAGCCCAAAUCUGCACUGAAAACUGAUGAUGCUGAUGCAAAGCCCAAAACAAAGAGGAGGUCUGAGUCAAAGGAGGCUGUACCAGUCCCAGAGGACUCCAACAAAGAAAGCCACAGGCAGCAACCAAAGAUUCUGAAACCAAAAGCCAAAUCACAUGCUCAACCAACUGAAGUUUCCAGUGAGCCCAAGGAAGAGGAGCUUUCCCCCAUUAAGCCUCAAAAGAGCAACAGAGUCUGCCGAAAGAUCCCAGCAUCUGUGGUCAAAGUGGAAAUGCCAUUCCACCCUGAAAUUGACAUGACCUUGCCGCGCAGACCCAGACAGGUUCCUGUUCCAAUCAUCUGUGCUCAGAAGGAGAUCACUCCCAAGGAAACCUCUACAGCUGCCAAGAGCAAUGCCAAGCUGCGAUCCAUGAUGACCGGAACCGCCAUCUUGCCAGACUUCAAGAACAACAAGAUGCCGGCCUAUAAGAAGAAUGUUGUGGAGCUGGCUCCGACCUUCAGGAAACCUGGAAAAAUGGCUGCUGUGCAUCCCAAGAGCCUUCCAGAAGUGGACAGUGCUAGAGCCAAAAUCUACAAAAGAUGGGAUUGAAUGCUAAGUAAAAGACACAGUUUUGUAACUGAUUUGAUAUCCAAGGGCUUUAUUCUUUGAGUUGUAAUGAUUUGAAGUC